AUGUAUUUUUUUCCAAAAUGGGUAAUUUUUUCUGAAGAUUUGAGUGCAUAUAUACAUGUAUUUUUUCCAAAAUGGGAAAUUUUUCCGAAGAUUUGA